UGUGUUUGGCCACUGUGUCUCUCAGGCCACUUCAGGAGUAUGAUUUUAAACGAUAUGGCUGCAUUAUUCUGGGCUUAGUACCCUGCUAUCUCGAAAACACUCUCUGAAAUGCUAACCCUUCGUAGAUUUCGAGGCCCAUUUCUUAAGCUACCCAUUCGCUGCACUGUGCUUUCCUAACCAUGCCCGGCUCCAAUCUCAUUGGCAUGGGUUACUCGGGCGCCACCCGAGCAGCUUCUUCGAGGGUCCGGAAAUCUAGAGUCCCCAGCAAGCUGCAGGGUGCGAGUUGGGGCGUGCGGGGAUCCGGCGUGGGCAGACGUCUCGCACCUUUCAACAGUAGGAAGAAGAUGCAAGCUAGCCCCAUCCGAAUCCCAACUGUCGACAGUGACACUGCCUGGGACUUCUGCUUCCGUCUACCACAGCAAACUGAGAUCCCAACACACCAGCCAGCUGAUGAGCUGAAUACUGCUUGCGGGUCUGGAGAGAGUGAUGACGACACAAUAGCCCAGACAGAGGAGGCAGCUGUUGAUUGUAUGUUGCUUCCCAGGGAGAAAUUAGCUCAGGCCCAGAAGAAAACAGCUCAGCUCAUUAAAGAAAAAAUGAAUAUCCAAGCAAACAAGGAGCUGAUUCGAUGUGUCAUCCUUUCUCGGAUUAUUUUUGGGGCAGAUCAUUGGAAAUGUGCACAGGCUUUGGCCAGCUUGGCUUAUGGCUACUUGACACUGAGAGGCCUCCCAGCUCAGGCCAAGAAACAUGCUGAGUCCGCCAAGACCACCCUGUUGACCUGGAAGGGAAGCACAGCCUCAGACAAGGAGAAAAAGGAAAUCCUGGAUGCCCUGGUCAUGCUCUACUACACUCUGGGAGUGUCUUGGCUGCUCCAAAACCAUGGCAGAGAGGCCUAUUCCAACCUGCAGAAGGCGGAGAGAAACAUGAAGGAGCUGAAAGAAUUAUGUAAGGGAAGUGUUUGUGGACUGCAAGUGUCAGAAAAAGACCUAACAAUUGCUUUGGGGAGAGCCUCUUUGGCCAUCCACAGGUUGAACCUGGCUUUGGCAUACUUUGAGAAGGCAAUUAACAGUGUGAUUGCUGCCAAGGGUGAUGGCACACCAGACCUGAUCAGUCUGUACCAGGAAGUUGCACAGAUUGAACAGUUGCGGAGGAACCAUGACCAGGCCAUCCAGUACUUGAAGCAGGCCCAUUCUGUCUGUGUGUCUUCCUUCACUGAGGUCAGCCCCCAGACUGCAGAGGCCAGUGCUCUACUAGCCAAAGCUUACGCCAUGUCCGGAGACCCUCAGCACAAGGAUGCUAUUGAGACACAUUUUAUAAAAAGUAUUAGUGCGUAUCAGGUAACGUUGGGCUCAGAGGAGUCUGAAACACUGGCUACCAUUGAAGAAUUUUGCAAGUGGCUUGUCCAGAAUGGGGAAAAACAGGAAGCUUACAGACUGCUAAAGUCUUCUUUGAAGUCCUCGGUUACCAACUAUAGUAACUGUAGUGAAAAACUGGCUGAAACUUUUUAUAACCUGGGCAGGAUCUGCUUCGCUGAAGGAGACCUCGGGAAGGCAGUUGAGCUGCUGAGGAAGUGCCUGAUGAUCCAGAUCUUAGUGUAUGGAAAUGAACACAGUAAGAGCAGAGAGACAAAAAACCUCCUCACCCUGCUGCAGAGGUGA